AUGGCGAAGGCUAAUCUAACUAUGGAAACCUUGGCCAAGGAGCGGCUCAACCCGCCCUUUGACUUGCAUGCUAUGGCUGUUGCCAACCACGGCUCCGAGACACGUCUUCAAUUCAAGCGCCGUGUCAUGCUCGAGCUGGAGCGCAACAACGCUUUCUUCAACGAUGACUUUUACGACCUGACGGAGCACGAGCUCCGUGAGCGUACCUUCAUUAAGAUCGGCAGCAUCGUGAACUGGCUCCAGAACGAGCCACUCGAUGUGUUCCGUCAGCGCCUGGAGGUCAUUUCGGUGGCCGACCCCGGCUUCUGGACGCGUUUCGGUGUGCACUUGGGUCUGUUCACCAACUGUGUUCGCUCGGGUUCGACCUCGGGUCAGUUUGCCUACUGGGUGAACAAGGGCAUGCUCUCGUGCCGCAACUUCUACGGUUGUUUCGGUAUGACCGAGAUCUGCCAUGGUUCGAACGUCCAGGGUAUCGAGACGACGGCCACCUUCGACGAGGACACGGAUGAGUUCAUUAUCCACACCCCGCACCUGGGUGCCACCAAGUGGUGGAUCGGUGGUGCUGCCCACUCGGCCACCCACUGUGCUGUGUUUGCCCGGCUGAUCGUGAAAGGCAAGGACUACGGUACGAAGACCUUUGUGGUGCCUCUGCGUAACGUGGACACCUACGACACGCUCCCGGGUGUCACGAUCGGUGACAUUGGUAUGAAGAUGGGCCGUAACGGUAUCGACAACGGUUAUAUCCAGUUCACCUACGUCCGUGUGCCUCGUGCGUACAUGCUCAUGCGCCACUGCCAGGUCACUCGCGAGGGUCAGGUGUUCGAGCCGCCGAUGCAGCAGCUCGCCUACGGUGCUCUGCUCACUGGUCGUGUGAUGAUGGCCGUGGACUCGGGUAACAUCGGUAAGAAGGCGAUUACCAUUGCCGGCCGCUAUGCCGCUGUGCGUCGCCAGUUCAAGAGCGACCCGAACCAGGAGUACGAGACUGUUCUGCUCGACUACCCGAUUCACCAGCGCCGCCUGAUGCCGCUGCUGGCCCAGGCUGUGGCCUUCCAGUACACUGGUCAGCAGCUGACCCACAUGCUUAACAGCACCACGGAGGCCCUGGAUGCUCUGGAGCCUGGUGACCCUAAGCUGGAGGAGGUCCUUGAGCUGCUCAAGUCGACCCACGCCUCGAGCUCGGGUCUCAAGGCCUUCUGCACGUGGGCUACGCUCUCGGCCAUCGAGGUGUGCCGUCAGUCGCUGGGUGGUCACGGUUACUCGGCCUACACGGGUCUCGCUCCUCUGUACAACGACUUUGCCGUCCACUGCACGUGGGAGGGUGACAACACGAUCCUGGCUCUCCAGCUCGGUCGCGCUCUCAUGUCGGCCUACGAGGAGGCUAAGCAGGGCAAGCACCAGGGUGAGGCUCUCUCGUACCUGAACAACAUUGACCAGGUGCUUGGUGCCCGCUGUGGCUCGGAGGAGGAGCUCGACACGCUCGAGGGUAUUGAGGCUGGUUGGCUCACGGCUUCGGCGCACUUUGUCAAGGUCGCCAGCGACGAGUUUGAGCGCCUCAUCCAGGCUGGCCACACGCGUGAGCAGGCGGCUGAGAAGUGCUCGCAGCUCCGCUUCGUGGCUGCUAGCGUGCACACCAGUGGCUUCAUCUUCCGUCAGUUCCGUGCUGCUGUGAACGAGCACAAGGACGGCAGCGAUGGUGUCAAGAAGACCAUGGCUACGCUGGCCAAGCUCUACGGUCUCUGGCAGAUGGAGGAGAAGUCGGGCUUCCUGCUCCGCUCGGGCUGGCUCAAGCCGGAACAGUUCGACUACGUCUCGCGCCGUGUCACUGAGCUCUGUGCUGAGGUCCGCUCGUUCGCGAUCCCUCUCAUCGACUCGUUCGAGUACAGCGACUUUGUCAUCAACUCGCCGUUCGGUCGCUACGAUGGCAACAUCUACCAGGAGUACUUCAACAUGGUCCGCCGCAACAACCCUGUGCUCAAGCCUCACCCGUACUUUGAGCGCUUGAUCAAGCCUCUGAUCUCGCGCCGUGUGCCCGAGCCGGAGGAUGCGACGGAGCUCAUGGGUCUCGAUGAUGACAUCGAGGAGAUCCAGGCGGAGGCCAAGGAGGCUCUGGAGAACGCGCGGAAGUAA